GAAAAGGGUAGAUCGGGUGUAUAGUAGAAUAGCGCCGGCACGGGCUCAGGUUUCUCCAAAAUUGAGAGGUCAAUUUUCAUUAGAAUCGCGAUUAAAAUUUGAUCCGAUACCGUGUCUGACUUGAUGGAAAUGUCUUGUUGGAUUUGAAGGUUACAAAUGAAGCUAAGGAAAUGAAGUGUACUAAAGUAGUAUUGACAAAAAGAACCAAUUUGCUUAAGACUAAAGAUGAACAAUCGUUAAGACAUGAUCAUGGUACCACAUGCUGUUCUUCAGGCUCUAAUGGAUUUCCCUACAAAGGAUCAAUACCCAGAAAAACUAUAACUCAAAACGAAAAUAUAGACGAACCGCAGCUAACAAUAAAAACUCUAAUAUUCCCAGAAAAUAUCAGGUUCAAUACAGGGGCUUCAAUGGAGAGAUGGUCUAAAAAAACUCCAAGACUUGUAUCAGUAAAACGUAAAAACUACAUUCCGAGACAAAGUAUGCUGGAUAAUGAGUUUGAAUUCAGUUAUGGUGAUUUUCUAAGUGAAAGUAAUAACUACUGCACUGAAAGUAAUUUGGAAUAUGAUGAGCUAAAUACUGGAAAAGAAUACUCGGUAUUAACUGAUAUUGAAGAACUAUUUUUAAAAUCGAAAGGUUCCACAACAAGGCUCACUAAAAGAAAAGAUAAUAAUACAGCAAAAGGAAAAAGAAAUAAAUUCAAUAAAACUAUACGGUUUUCAUUUUCUAGGCCACCCAGUCCCUUAACUGAACAGAUAAUUAGGGUAGAUAUAACAUCAAAUGUAUCUUUUGAAGAGUUUUCACUAUUAGAUCAAACUGGAGCAAACACCAGCAGCCAUGAUGCACAAACAAAAAAUAAGGAAUAUAAACUUCGUCAUACCAAUAGUAACAACAACAAGAAUAAUAAUAUCGAAUUGGGCUUAGAAGGGCUUGAAGAAGAUUUUAUUGUACGAUGCAGACAAUUAGUCAUAACUCCGAAGUAAAUAUUUAGUUUUCCAGAAUUUAACCGAAGGACCUUAGAGACUGACGGUAAACAAAAUGAAAAUAUAAAGCUCAUUAUUAAAAAAAUAGGGAAUUUAAUAUUGAAAAAUGUGGCAAUAAUAACAACAGUUAAGAAAUUGGCCUCAAAGGGGUUAUAGAAGAUUUCAUUGGACGGUUUAGGCAAUUAGCCUUGACUCAAAAAAAUGUUAGCAAGGGUGGUUGUAAUGAAUAUGUAUCGAUUUUCCGUCUCCCCCUUUUAAUAAUGUAUAAUAAAGGACAGCCGGGAAAAUUAAUGAGAUGUUUUUGCAUUUUUGGAAUUUUCUUAUAUAAUAAGGGUGAAAUUAAA